AAAAAAAAACAAAUUUCCUUAAUUCCUUUUUUUCUAUUUCUUUAUCUUCAAUUAAGAAAAUACAUGCUCAUACACAAACAUUCCAGAUCCUUCUACCACCUUCUACCACCUUCUAACUUCCACUUUCUUCAACCCCAAACACCUUCUUCAUACUUCGUAUAUAAAUCUUCUUCCCGAAUUUUCUCUCUCCUCAAAAUUUCAAUUCAAUUCAUCGAUUUCUUCGAUCUAUCUCCUCGAUCUUCUUUCUUUCAACAAUGGCGUCAGAAUCAGAAAUUUCUGCAACAGAGAUGCAAUUAUUCUUAGAAAGAUUAAUAACUUCAAGAAACAGAGACAUCUCAAUGUCUCUCCCCUUCAUGUUAGGGUUCAGUGGGCCCGACCUGACUCAAACCCGGCCCAACUCGGAGGAAAACCCGAGAACCCCAGAAGAACGUCGUGAAAGAAUCGUGCUGAUAAACCCGAUGACACAAGGGAUGGUAGUGAUCGAAGGAGCAGGGCUUGAUUCGCUGUUUCACGGAGUACAGAGUAAGGAAGGACAACCACCAGCUUCAAAAUCAGCGAUCGAGAAGAUGGCAAGCGUCGAGAUCAGAGAAGGCGAGGAGAAAGAGUGUGUGAUUUGCUUGGAAGAGUGUAAGGGGUUGGGAAUCUUGCGAAGGAGAUGCCAUGUAAGCAUAGGUUUCAUGGCGGGUGUAUCGAUAAAUGGUUGAAUCUUCACGGUUCGUGUCCGGUGUGCCGGUUUAAUUUACCUGUUGAGGAGGAAGAUGGCGGGAAGAAGGGCGAAGAUGAGGAGAGAGAAAGGAGAGGGCAAAGAGUGAUUAGGUUUAGUUUUAUGUUUUGGCGGAGUAGGAGAAGAUCAGAGGAAGAAGAGGAGAGAGAAAGUGAGUCUAAUUCAAGAGAUCAGAAUGAGAAUGAAAAUAGUAAUUAGAGGUGUGAAUUCGGGUUUGAUCAGUCAGGUUAUUUCGAGUCAGGUUAAAGACAGGAUAUCGAAACAAAAGGAACAAGUUAUGGAAGUUUCACUAGGGUUGUUUCUUUGUUAAUGAUUGUGAAUAUUGUAGGAGAUUAGAUGAACAAAAAUAAAUUUGUUGGGUUUGAUUUCUUUGAACAAUUCGUUUCAAUUCUUUGAUUGAUUUAUUUGUUACUGUUUUUGACUAUUAUAUUGAUUAUUGUUUUAUUGUUUCA